AUAGAAAUAUUACUUCCUCUAUAUGAGUAGAUAUUCGAUUGGCUGGUGCUACAGAGAACGGGAGUUUGAGCUCUGAUAUCCGUUCCUUCAAACUUCACGUUUUCCCACUUUCAAUAUUUCCACAAUCUAGGGCCGCUCAGUUAAAAACACGGGGGCACGACACACCGCGAAUCUAACUACCCUCUUGCUACAUUUUCGAAAGCACUACAUUUCCUCCAUCUUCGUCGCAUCUUCUCCGUCCAAAAUGACAUCCUUUGCAGCCCCCGUCGAUGAGCCUCCAGCGAACGGCCCAAGCACCAAGAAGCGGGUUGCAUACUUCUACGAUUCCGAUGUUGGAAAUUAUGCUUAUGUCGCCGGGCAUCCCAUGAAACCUCAUCGAAUUCGGUUGGCGCAUAGCUUGAUCAUGAACUAUGGCGUCUACCAAAAGAUGGAGAUUUAUCGCGCAAAACCGGCUACUCGCCAUGAAAUGACCCAAUUCCACACGGACGAGUAUAUCGACUUCCUCCAGAAAGUCACUCCAGACAAUAUGGACAACUUCGCCAAGGAGCAGGGGAAGUACAAUGUCGGUGAUGAUUGCCCAGUCUUCGACGGGCUGUUUGACUUUUGCGGUAUCAGCGCUGGUGGCAGUAUGGAGGGGGCAGCUCGUCUCAACAGGGGCAAAUGCGACAUCGCCAUCAACUGGGCCGGAGGACUUCAUCACGCCAAAAAGAGUGAAGCAAGUGGUUUCUGCUACGUCAACGAUAUCGUCCUCGGCAUUAUUGAGCUCCUCCGGUUCAAGAAGAGGGUUUUGUACAUCGACAUCGACGUCCACCACGGUGAUGGCGUUGAGGAAGCGUUCUAUACCACAGACCGAGUCAUGACUGUUUCUUUCCAUAAGUACGGCGAGUAUUUUCCAGGUACUGGUGAGCUUCGCGACAUCGGUGUUGGCGCUGGCAAGAACUAUGCUGUCAAUUUUCCUCUUCGAGACGGCAUUGAUGAUGCAACCUACAAGUCCAUCUUUGAGCCUGUCAUCCAAGCCGUCAUGACUUAUUAUCAACCGGAGGCUAUCGUUCUUCAGUGUGGUGGUGAUAGCUUGUCUGGUGACCGUCUUGGUUGCUUCAACCUCAGUAUGAAAGGCCACGCAAAUUGCGUCACAUUUGUCAAGAGUUUCAAUGUCCCUACACUUGUGCUUGGUGGCGGUGGAUAUACGAUGCGCAAUGUUGCACGUACUUGGGCGUAUGAGACUGGUCGCCUUGUUGGUAUGGAUCUCGACCGAACUCUUCCUUACAACGAAUACUACGAGUACUACGGUCCGGACUAUGAUCUGGAUGUCAAAGCUUCAAAUAUGGAGAACGCCAACUCUAGGGAUUAUCUCGAGAAGAUCAAAACUCAAGUUAUCAACAACCUCAGAAAAACUGGUCCACCUUCUGUUCAAAUGACAGACGUUCCUCGCACGACCAUUACUGGUGGUACCGAAGACGAUGAGGAUAUCGCUGACGAUAUGGACGAAGAUGACAACAAGGACGUCCGAAGCACCAAGCGACGAUGGGAUCAGCGAAUUGCCAGAGAUGAUGAAUUUGAGGAGAGUGAUGAUGAAGAACAAGAUCGCGCCAAUGGUGUCCGCCAGCAAAAUGGCGCGGUCAAGCGGCGCAACAUCAUGGACUAUCAAAAUCCAAAUCCUGCCGCUUCCGAUGUUGAAAUGGACAGCGGGAUACCUACUCCCGCGCGCGCGGAGGCUGACGAUGCUGUUACCGCAAUGGCUACAGAGGCAAACGCAGAAGUUAAUGCAGAGAUCAUGGAGCAAAAGACUCUUGACGCCACAAUUGAAUCAGGGGAGCAGGGGCCGUCAAAUGCACCUUCACGAGCACAUUCGCCGAAGCCAACUAUCGACACUGAGGGCGAUGUCGAUAUGACCGGGGCUGGUCCCGUACCCGAAGUCAAGGCGCCUUCGCCGUUGUCCAUCCCAGCUUCAUCGCCCAAGGCAGCUGUGGGACCUGCUGCACCAGCAGCUGCUCCCGUUGAACCUGUCUCAGAGUCCACUGACCCUGCUGUUGUCAAGGAGGAAGGAGAUGCAGAAAGAACCGAUGCGGAUGUCACCGCCGAAGCUUCCACCGAACUUGCUGAGCAGUCACAAACGUAGCAUUCUAAAAAGGAUUUUGUAUAGCAGUUUCACGCGAUGGUUGCAGCAUGGAGCAAGGCGUUCUGGUGUAUGGAUAUUGGACUUGGUCGGUGGGACUGAUUCAUAGAAAUCGAAAAUGGGUUAAAUAAAUAAAUGUUCAUAUUCCAGAUCACCUACUGUAGGUCAAAUGCAAUGGUUCUUGACAACUGG